CCAUUAAUUCAUAUGGAGAUAGGAUUCUUGAAGGUAGUCCACUCAUGAAACCCCAGAUGGAUUUCUCAGAGACCUCUUCGAGAACAAGAGAAUUGCAUAUAGCACGAAGGGACCUUGGUCGAUACAAAGAGAGCAAAAAAGCUGCGGAGUCAGUUAGUGCUCAAGCAGAAUCUGAGCUCUCUAAUGCAAAGAAGACAGUGAAAGAUCUAUCUUUAUUAAUUGAGAAGUCAAACUCGAAGGCAAAGGCGCAGAUGCAAGACAUUGAGAUGCUAAAUAAAUCGAGGAGGCGCGAAGAACGGGCAUUGGCUGUUAGGAACAUUGAGAGUUAUCAGUAUGCCGAAGUGAUGAGAGAACUGGAAUUUGUGAAACAGGAGUUGAGUAAGCUUAAGCUAGACAUGGCUCAUGUUUUGGAAGAGAAAUCGCGGACAGAGAAGGAAGUUGAAGCCUCAAGUUCGAAAAUGUUUUCUUAUUUGAGCUCUGCUCAAGCCCUUUCGAAGGAGAUUGAGAAAGCUAAUGAAGAACAAGUGCUUGUUGAGGUUGUGAGGAUUGAGGCUUUGAAAGAAUUCAGAGAGAUAGAAGCUCAGAGAGUAAAGGAAGUCACUGAAUUAUACAAACUAGAAUAUAAGCAGUGUGAACUAUAA